AUACCUGUGUGUGUAGGUGUGAGUGGACUUGGUCGUCAUGGCGCAGUGGAAUCAGUUGCAGCAGCUGGAGACUCGGUACCUGGAGCAGCUCUAUCACCUGUACAGCGACAGCUUUCCCAUGGAGCUACGGCAGUUCCUCGCCCCCUGGAUCGAGAGCCAGGACUGGGCUUAUGCUGCUAACAAAGAGUCCCAUGCUACUCUGGUCUUCCAUAACCUCCUGGGGGAGAUCGAUCAGCAGUACAGCCGCUUCCUGCAGGAGAAUAACGUUUUGUACCAGCACAACCUGAGGCGGAUCAAGCAGCACCUCCAGAGCAAAUACCUGGAGAAGCCCAUGGAGAUCGCCCGCAUCGUCGCCCGCUGCCUGUGGGAGGAGCAACGCCUGCUACAGACCGCCACCACCGCCACACAGGACGGUCAGGCUGCACACCCUACAGGGACAGUGGUCACAGAGAAACAGCAAAUUUUGGAGCACAACCUUCAGGACAUCAGGAAACGCGUGCAGGAUAUGGAGCAGAAGAUGAAAAUGCUCGAAAAUCUUCAAGACGAUUUUGACUUCAACUACAAGACCCUCAAAAGCCAAGGAGAGUUGGCUCCGGAGAUGAACGGAAACACUCAGGCUGCUGCCACCCGACAGAAAAUGGCUCAACUCGAACAGAUGCUGAGCGCUUUGGACCAGCUCAGAAGACAAAUCGUGACAGAGAUGGGGGGGCUUUUGACUGCCAUGGAUUACGUUCAGAAGAACCUGACGGACGAGGAGCUGGCCGACUGGAAGCGCAGACAGCAGAUCGCCUGCAUCGGGGGCCCUCCCAACAUCUGCCUGGACCGCCUCGAGACCUGGAUCACGUCUUUGGCCGAGUCCCAGCUCCAGAUCCGACAGCAGAUUAAAAAACUGGAGGAACUUCAGCAGAAAGUCUCUUAUAAAGGAGACCCCAUAAUCCAGCACCGGCCCGCCCUGGAGGAGAAGAUCGUAGACCUGUUCAGAAGUCUCAUGAAGAGUGCGUUUGUGGUGGAGAGACAGCCGUGUAUGCCCAUGCAUCCAGACAGGCCCCUGGUCAUCAAAACAGGAGUGCAGUUCACAAAUAAAGUCAGAUUACUGGUGAAGUUCCCAGAGCUCAACUACCAGCUGAAAAUUAAAGUUUGUAUUGACAAGGAAUCAGGGGAUGUUGCUGCCAUUCGGGGUUCACGUAAAUUUAACAUCCUCGGCACCAACACCAAAGUCAUGAACAUGGAGGAGUCCAACAAUGGGAGUCUGUCUGCAGAAUUUAAACACUUGACCCUGAGGGAGCAGAGGUGUGGCAACGGCGGCCGUACCAACAGUGAUGCUUCUUUAAUUGUCACAGAAGAGCUGCAUCUCAUCACCUUUGAAACAGAAGUCUAUCAUCAGGGACUGAAGAUUGAUCUCGAGACCCAUUCACUGCCAGUUGUUGUCAUCUCCAACAUCUGCCAAAUGCCAAACGCCUGGGCCUCCAUUCUGUGGUACAACAUGCUCACUAACCACCCAAAAAAUGUAAACUUCUUCACCAAACCUCCGGUCGGGACUUGGGACCAGGUGGCUGAGGUCCUGAGCUGGCAGUUCUCCUCCACCACCAAAAGGGGGCUCACUAUCGAACAGCUCACGACACUGGCGGAGAAACUGCUGGGACCUUGUGUGAACUACUCUGGCUGCCAAAUCACCUGGGCCAAGUUCUGUAAGGAAAACAUGGCUGGGAAGGGCUUUUCUUUCUGGGUGUGGUUAGACAACAUCAUUGACCUGGUUAAGAAAUACAUCCUGGCUUUGUGGAACGAAGGUUAUAUCAUGGGUUUUAUCAGUAAAGAACGAGAGAGGGCGAUCCUGAGCCCCAAACCCCCCGGGACCUUUUUGUUGAGAUUCAGUGAAAGCAGCAAAGAGGGCGGCAUCACCUUCACAUGGGUGGAGAAAGACAUCAGCGGUAAGACACAGAUCCAGUCGGUGGAGCCUUACACCAAACAGCAGCUCAACAACAUGUCCUUCGCUGACAUCAUCAUGGGAUACAAGAUCAUGGAUGCCACCAACAUCCUGGUCUCUCCACUGGUCUAUCUGUACCCAGACAUCCCCAAAGAGGAGGCCUUUGGCAAAUACUGCAGACCAGAGGCAGCCCCCGAGCCGGAAAUGGGAUCGGGAGACUCCACCAGCAUAAUCCAGCCAUAUUUGAAGACCAAGUUCAUCUGCGUUACCCCGUGCCCCUCGGUGUUCAUGGACCUACCGGACAGUGACCUGCUUGGGAACGGAUUCCCAGGUACAAAUUCAGGAAACACCAGUGAUCUGUUCCCCAUGUCUCCACGCACUCUGGACUCUCUCAUGCACAACGAGGCCGAGGCCAGUCAAGGACAUCUGGAGUCGUUGACCUUAGACAUGGAUGUAGCGUCACCGAUCUGAAAAGCCCCGGUUCCUGUUUAAAGUCUUGUUUACUUUUUGGCUGUAAGAUUAUUGUUAUUACCCAUUAUUUCUCCACCUGUACAUAGUUUUUGCCUUGACUGUACAAAAUUGUCCGAUUCCACUUUUAUUUUAAUGGAUUUUUGAGUUUGUUUUUAAGGCAUUGCCACUUUUUGACAGUUUAAUUCAGUUCUGUGGUGUACAAUUUUACUUCUAGUGCUGCAAAACACACAACCCUUAACACAGCUAUGACUAUGGAUAGAAACGUAUUUUUAUUAAAUCAGGUAUUUUAUGCAAUAUUGAAAAAUUAAUGGAUUUCUUCAUAUAAGAUUGUCAUAGUAACCAUUAAGUGUUGUAUAAGCUACAUAUAAUUACUUAUGCCGUUUUGGAGAUGAUCGAUUUUUGUAUGUUUAGUCCAAUUAUGUCUAAAGCUAGAGGGUGUGAAAAGGCUGAGAAAAAGAGAUUUGAAAAUACAGUAAUGUGCAAAAGUUUAAUUUUUUGUUGUUGUUAGAUAUUUAAACAUUUUGUGCUUUAAAGAUGAUUUGUGUAACUUUUCUGGAGAAGUGUGUGUCAAAAUGUUAUGCUUGGACAUGUAUUUUCUCUGCCUGGAAUGUUCCACAGUAUGACAUUAAACCUGUCUAUCUUCACGGAGACCUAAUCGGACUUAGUUACGGGUCAGAUCUGUGGAGAGGCGACAUCGCUCACAGUCAGAAUGUCUGUUUUUGUAGGUAUUUUUGCACUACAGAACCACCUGUAAUUGAGUAAAUAUAAGGGAGAGCGGUUUUAAUGUCAUACUGUGGAACAUUCCAGACAGAGCAAUGACGUAUCCAUAGAAACAAGCAGGUGACGGACCUCCAAAAAGUUACACAAUGCUCCUUUAAUAUUUUCUGUAACAUGGAAGAUUUGGGCACUAUAUUAUCACAGAUUACAUGUUUCAGAUAGUAAAUGUUAAGUUAUUUACGCUUCAUUUGAAAAGAGCUUUACCAUUGCAAAACAGGACCUUGCCUUCGCAGAGGUCACUCCAAGUGCUUUUUGUUUUUUGUUUUGAAAAUUUUGGUUUAUUUUUUAGAUUUUAACCUUAAUUUGUUCUUAAAAACCUCUUACUUUUGCACAAGCCUGUACAUUUUGACAGCGUUUUUUUUUUUUUGUAGUUCUUCUAAAUGGUGCACUCUAGUCAUCAUUUUUCACGUGUGGAAGUGGAGCAGUGGAUUGAAUUUUCGCCCACAAACCAGACAGUUGCUAGUUCAAACCUGGCCUGCAUUGUUGCUGUGUCCUCGGGCAAGACACUUCACAAACUCCAGCCAAAGUAAGCGACGCCGGUUGCCACUCCGGCGGGGAGCUCAUCCGGCACGGAACACAUCGCCGCAUCUCGAAUCGCGCUUGUCACGUCGACCCUGACUAUAUUGAUGCUUUGCAGUGACGUCACGCCGGGAAGGGGGUGUCCUACGUGUGUGUAUAUGGCGGAAUGUUCAGCAGUUUUAAUAGUGACAAAAUGCACACGUUAACAAACACACAAAAAAGUGUUUAAGAUCGUCUGAAAACUCAAGAAGAAAAAAAGAAAAUGGAUUUAAACAGCAGAUUUUCCAAGAGUCUGUGAUCAAUACAAGGGUUUAAUUUUCAAAAAAAGCUUUAUGCUCACAUUGUGUUAAAAGUAAACUAAAAUCUAACUUGAGUAACAAAGCUUCAGACAGAGUAGUGCCCAGAGAAAGCUGCAAAGUAUCAAUAAAAUAUAGUUCUUAAGCCGUAGUUUAAACCUGUACAUUGCACUAGCUUCACUCUUGCCGUGUUUUUGCCUUCACCUUCUCUCGAUAUCUUCUUGUACUGUUAUUUUUUUACAGUUUUAGUUGGUAUAAAAAUAUAUAUAUUGUGAAAUGUGUAAUAUCUUGUAGCCUAAACCUGUGUGGCCCUGUAUCUAUGUUCCCUCAAUGAAAACUUGUGAAAUACUGUUGCUUUGUUUGUUUGACAGAGGGCAAUAAAAAUGGUAUCACUA